UUCCGCUUUCAGCGUUUCUGAAGAAAGCGCUUUUCCUUCUCUGCUUCUUCAUCUUCGCCAUUACUUCACAUUUACUAAUCUCCAUGUCACUUCAUUAGCUACACGCCAAGUGAAGUUUUGUUCGUAAUUUUGUACGAAAAUGGCCCAAAGCACCAUCAGAAAAGCCAUCGGAGUUAUGAAGGACCAAACGACCAUCAGCAUCGCCAAAGUCGCCGGAAAUAUGACGCCGGAACUCGAUGUUUUGGUGGUCAAAGCGACGAGCCACGAUGAGGAUCCUGCCGACGAUAGGUAUAUUAGGGAGAUUGUGAAUUUAUGCUCCAAUUAUUCGAAUGGAUAUGUGAAUGCGUGUGUAGUUACGAUCUCUAGACGAUUGAGUAAAACUCGCGAUUGGAUCGUUGCGCUCAAGUCGCUAAUUGUGGUGCAUAGGAUUUUAAUUGAUGGGCAUCCCUCUUUUGGGGAGGAGAUCGUGUAUGCUACGCGGAAAGGUAUGCGAGUCUUGAAUUUAUCUGGUUUUAGAGAUGAAGCACAUUCGAAUUCAUGGGAUCAUUCUAGUUUUUUGAGGUUUUACGCUUUGUAUCUCGAUGAAUUGAUUGAGAAUCUUGUUCUUGAGAAGAGAUUGAAAGGGGGUGAUGAAUCUUGUUAUAGGAGCAGGAAGCAGAGUCCAUGGAGGUCAAUGAGACCAGAGAGAGUAGUGGAGGAGUUAAACCAAUUGCUUCGAAUGCUUGAUCGAGUUUUGGCUUGUAGGCCGGCAGGAAUGGCCAAGAAUAGUAGAUUAGUAAUUACUGCGCUUAAUUUGAUUAUCAAAGAGAGCUUUGGGUUGUAUGUUGAGAUUUGUGAUGCUUUGGGGGUUUUGUUGGAUCAUUUUAAAGAAAUGGAAUACGUUGAUUGUCUUAGGGCUUUUGAUGUUUGUGCUAAUGCGGCAAAGAAUAUUAAUGAUCUUGUAGAAUUUUAUGGUUGGUGUAAGGAUGUGGGGAUUGCACGGUCUUCUGAAUAUCCAGAGGUUCAGAUGAUAACUCACAACCUUUUGAUCACACUUGGGGGCUUCCUAAAGGAGAUGUCAAGAAGGCCUAAGGAUUUCGAUGAAAUGAGAACAGAGGAGGAAAUGAAACCGCUACCAGUUAACGAGUCUGGAUACGACAUGAAUGAGAUAAAGGCUCUUCCUCUGCUAGAGAAUUGUGCUCCUGUUCCGCAAUCGAUUUUGCGAACUCAAUCGCCAAAGGAAGAUUUGGUGAACUUGAGAGAGGAUGGAGUAUCAGCUGAUGAGCAAGGGAACAAAUUGGCCUUGGCUCUUUUCUCUGGACCCCCAAUUACGAAUCCUAAUGGUUCAUGGGAAACUUUCUCAUCAAACCAUGAGCCUGAAGUGAGUUCAGCGUGGCAGACGCCAGCUGCUGAGUUUGGCAAACCAGAUUGGGAAUUGACGUUGGUUGAAACUGCUAGCCAUCUGUCUAAGCAGAAGCCUGAUAUGGGAGGUUGUUUUGAUCCACUGCUAUUAAAUGGAAUGUACGACCAAGAGACGGUUAGGCGACAUGUCAAUGCCGUGCAAUUUGGGGGGAGUUCGAGUAGUGUGGCAGUGGCAUUGCAAGGCCAAGGCAAUGCUGCUGCACAAGUUCUGGCACUUCCAGCACCAGAUGGAACAGCUGAACCGAUCGGGUAUCGGGACCCUUUCGCUGCAUCGCUUACGGUUCCACCUCCUUCGUAUGUGCAGAUAGCUGAAAUGGAGAAGAAGCAGGAGUUGCUAACGCAGGAGCAGCUUCUAUGGAAGCAGUAUGGCAGAGAUGGAAUGCAGGGCCAAGGUGGUUUGGGAAAACUUGGUGGUGGCUCAGCCUAUGUUGACUUAAAUCCUCAGCAAAUCAUGCCCCAUGGCUCAGCAUACUACUAUGCUUCAUUUUGACUUGGUUUUCAUUUUGAGAAUAAGCUCCAUAGUUACUAUAAGCAGCAAAGAUAAUAGAGAAAAGCCGAUUGUAUAUAUUUUUAAUAUUUUCAGCAGGUUGUCCUUUUGUUUUCCGGUCUUUGUAUUUGCUUGCUUGCAUGAAUGGAGUAAGAAGGCUAGAUCCUUUGAUAACAUUUUUGUUUUGUAAAAAAAAAUUGAGAGCUUUUAAUAUAUAUGUGUGUGUAUA